AUGGUUAUCUUUCUACUCUUCAUGUGUGUUCUCAAUGUGGCUGCCAAUCAAAAACCGAGUACUUCUGAAUUUGGUUCGGAGCAUCUCAUAUGCAAACAUUUAUUCGACGAAGAUACUUUCAUGCAAUUUUCAUUGGGAAGCAUUAAUGAACCUAAUAUUACUCACUUGACAUCAACUCGUUCAAACUCAAAACCGCUCAAAACGGUGCAGUUGGAAAAUUUGAAUCUCCGUUCGGUUCAAUUUGAUGGCAGGCCAACGCCACCUCCAACUCGCCCGAAGCCUGAUCCUGUAAAGGAUUGUCGACUGUAUUCUCAUUCCAAGGAUCCAAGAAAAAAAGGCUGGAUAUUAGAUGGCCGGCCAACGCCACCUCCAACUCGCCCGAAGCCUGAUCCUGUAAAGGAUUGUCGACUGUAUUCUCAUUCCAAGGAUCCAAGAAAAAAAGGCUGGAUAUUAGAUGGCCGGCCAACGCCACCUCCAACUCGCCCGAAGCCUGAUCCGGUGAAGGAUUGCCGACUGUAUUCAAAAAAUCCGAAAAUGGGAAGGAACUCUAGAAAAAAUAAAUCCAAUCCGACUCAUAAAUCCGUUCAAUAUACUAAUAAGCUUAAAAUAGAGUCAUUAGUUCAACAAUUCGAGUCGUCAGUGAUAUUCCAACCGAAAACAAAUACUUCUGAUGUUAUCGACGUUCAGGCUCAAAUGCUGGCAAAUUUGGAAAUUACGGAAAAUGGUAGUCGAGCCAUUGCAUCACAAGAUGUUCCAACUAACAUUCCUCGCCGACGCCGUCAACGCCGUCGACGUCGUCGAAAACAGAAACCGUGGGAGCCAAAAAUGUCGAUGAUAGACGAAGAAAGGUUGACCCAGUCUCUAGGAAAUCGAUGCGAAGAAAAAGAAAUUAUUAGUGAUGAGAAAAUGGAUGAUGGUUGCAAAACGGGCCCAUGA